AUGGCAGACACCGCCGCGCCUUCGCGUCCGCGAGACAUUCCGCCCACAGGCCUCAACCUCCCUCCUCCCAGUCUGCAACCCUACCGCCACGGGCUGUCUGCCUAUGACACCCUCUCCCCCGUCGCGCAGAAUGGCAGUUUCGACUUUGACCGCAUCAUCAAGGAAGGCCAGGUGUCCAAACGCACCAGACAUACAAAGGGCUGGAAGAGUAUCUACAUGGUCCUGCGCCCCAACCUCCUCUCCAUCUAUCGCGACAAGCACGAAUCGAAGCUUCGACACCAGAUCCGCUUGUCCGACCUCACUGCCAUCGCGCGACAACGACACCCCAAGCGCAAGGAGCGCCAUGUCUUCGCUCUCUUCUCUCCCGCCCGGAAUUACCACCUUCAGGCUGCGUCCGAAGAGGAGGCGGAGGCGUGGGUGGAUGUGAUACGGCGGGAAGCCCGUAUCGACGAGGAUGAGGACGAAUUAUACCUGGCCAGCCCCGGCGGGCACCCGACCUCCUAUCAAGGCUUCGAGCGAAGCAUGGAUGCCCGAAUCACCCAGAGCCCCCCUUCCUUUGUCGAGUAUUCGGGCGCCGAGCGCACUUCCUUCUCCGACCUCUCCGACAUGGCUGGCUCCGCACCGAGACUUUCAGCCCUCUCGCUCUCCAAUACCGAUACCCGUCCUUCGACAAGCUCCAUGUCCGGGAUCAAUCUGGGUCUGAGCGCGGACGAAGUCCGGCGGGCACAGUUUCCGCAGGAAGAAGAGCGCGUGGUCUAUCACGGCUGGAUCUACCUGUUGAAGUCCAAAUCGGGCGUGCGACAGUGGAAGAAGGUGUGGCUCGUCGUCCGGCCGAAAGGCCUGGCGUUCUACAAGAACGAGGCAGAGUACACGGCCCUACUUGUCCUGUCACUUUCCAACAUCAUCGAUGCGGUGGAAAUUGAUCCUAUUAGCAAGAGCAAGACGUUCUGCAUGCAGAUCAUUAGCGAGGAGCGGAAUUACCGCCUUUGUGCAAUCGACGAGGAGAGCCUGACGCGGUGUUUGGGUGCGCUCAAAAGCUUGCUUUCCAAGCGGAAGGCA